CCUGAGCAAAUCUAAGCUGGACACAUGUGGCGCUUCGCAGCAACGCACAUGAAACUGUACUGAUAUUGAACCCAGCGGGAAGCGGAGCUUUGACUCUUUCUUUUUCCCAUGCUCUGUCCUUGCGUCUUUUCUUUGAUCCACGUAUGUCUUUAUUCAGAGGAAAGUGGACAUUUUUUACUUUUCUUUUCCUCGGAGCACACAGCCCGUUGCCAGCUUGAUUUGAAAUAAACCAAGGUUUAAAAUGAACGAAGGACUUGACAACAACUUGACUCAACUCUAUGACAACUGGACAUUUUACAACUCCUCCCUGGAGCCCAUCAUACCCAGGAACAACAUCACCUAUGUUGGAUUUUACCUUCAUCAGCCGUCCACAGCAGCCAUCUUCAUCGUGUCCUACCUGCUGAUCUUCCUCGUGUGCAUGGUGGGAAAUGGCGUGGUGUGUUUCAUUGUCCUGAGGAGCAAAAACAUGAGGACAGUCACCAACUUGUUUAUCUUAAACCUUGCUGUCAGUGACCUCCUGGUUGGGAUUUUCUGUAUGCCCACAACACUUCUUGACAACAUAAUAACAGGAUGGCCUUUUGGAAGCCUGGUCUGCAAAAUGAGCGGCAUGGUUCAAGGGAUCUCCGUGUCAGCAUCUGUCUUCACUCUGGUUGCUAUUGCUGUUGACAGAUUCAGAUGCAUUGUCUACCCAUUCAAGCAAAAGCUGACCAUAUCCACAGCCACCUUGAUAAUAGUCAUUAUCUGGGUUCUGGCCAUAUCCAUUAUGUGUCCAUCUGGGGUGAUGCUACAAGUCACCAAGGAGCAAACCAUUCGGGUGUUACUGGGGUAUGACAACAAAACGACCCCGUUUUACUGGUGUAGAGAGAACUGGCCGAACCAGGAUAUGAGGAAGAUUUACACCACUGUCCUGUUUGCAAAUAUCUACCUUGCUCCCCUUUCCCUCAUUGUGAUCAUGUAUGCCCGGAUUGGCAUUACGCUUUUCAAAACAGCAGUCCCAACGGGAGGAAAGCCGGGGCACGACAACCGCCACACUGUGUCAAAGAAAAAGCAAAGGGUGAUUAAAAUGCUUCUAAUAGUUGCUUUGCUUUUCAUCCUCUCCUGGCUACCUCUGUGGACCCUCAUGAUGUUGAGCGACUAUGCCAGCCUGACUGAGCAGCAGUACAGGAUCAUCAACAUUUACAUUUAUCCCUUUGCCCACUGGCUAGCCUUCUUCAACAGCAGUGUCAACCCUAUCAUCUACGGUUUCUUCAAUGAGAAUUUCCGCAGAGGAUUUCAAGCUGUGUUUAAGAUCAGCCUGUGCGGUGCGGACGGACAGCGGAGGAAAACCUACUCGCACAGGCUUCAGGGAAACUCCGUGCUGCCAGCUAAUAAUGCACCAACGUCCCUGGAGCCUAUUUCUCUCAACAGCCUGGAUAAGACCUCUUCCAGGCAACCCAAUCACGUCACUGAACAGGACUUGGUCAUGGAGGACCUGGAGAAGGCAUCAUGCAGCAGUGGUGGUGUGACCGCAGUGUCUAUUUGAGGAGACACAGAUAUAUUCUUCUUGGUGAUAAGCAAAGGCGUUCACUUAUCAAGAAAAAAUGUUUUUAUCUUUUGAACAUCAUUCCUCCACUGACUAUUCAUGUGUAAUUUGUCUGAGGCAAUUUCAAAACUGUCAAAAUAAAAUAGGCAAAACAAAAGUUCAUGAUUGGAUAAGAUUACACGUAAAGCUGUAAUUUAUCGUUUUGACUGACCUGCGAACAAUAGAAACAAUUAACGCAGAAGGAUACCUCACAGUGUUUGCUCCUGAAAUAAAUACAUAUCCAAAA